UCCCCCACCUUACCCCCCCACAUCAGUCUGUCCUGCUUCCAGCUGCUGCAGCCGCGCCUUCGCUGCCUCAGCAUUCAGCAUCCCCCUGCUCCGGCUCAGAAUGGCCACCCCAACACAGAGCCCCACAAAAGUUCCUGAAGAAACAGAUCCAUUUUACUAUGACUAUGCCACCGUGCAGACUGUGGGGAUGACCCUGGCCACUAUCAUGUUCGUACUGGGGAUCAUCAUCAUCCUCAGCAAGAAGGUGAAGUGCAGGAAGGCCGACUCCAGGUCUGAGAGCCCAACAUGCAAAUCCUGUAAGUCGGAACUGCCCUCCUCAGCACCUGGAGGUGGCGGCGUGUAGGACCUUCUGCAGUUCUCCACUGCUGUCCCUGGCCGGAGCGCUGGAGCCCGAGGACCGGGUGAAGGCGGUGGGGACCCAGCCUGGCGCCGGGGAGUAUGCCCCCAAUGAGCCGCCACACCCACCCCAAGGCAGGAGCCACUGCACCCCGCUGUCCUUCCCCAGGCCUUGGCAACGACGAUCCCCCAAAGAGCCCAUUUGCUCCCCAGACCCAGAGACUCAGGCCUCCAGCUCCUGGGAUCCAGGAGUCUGUCCCCAGUUCCCUGGGAUCCUCAUUUCCCUUCCUCCUGCAUUUCCUGGUCUUCUUCUCCAGGACCUUCCCGGCUGUCCCCUCAGGGUCCACGUGUUAAGCUUAAUAAAUGUGCAUUCGUUUUUCCCCCGUUCUGUCUGUGUGUUGUCGUCUGUGGGCACCCAAGGACUGGGUGGGGGGCUGAGGUGGUUGUGCUGUUUCUUCCUUCCUCCUCUUCUUUUUCCUCCUUCUCCUCCUCAAGGGCCUCCUCUUCUCACUACAUCCUUUCCUCCAGACCUUCCCAAGGGGCCUUCCCUUCCCUUUACCCUUGUCUCCAUCUGUGUCCCCCAGACCCUCCAGUGGAGGCCACCGCCCUCAGUCC